AUGGGAAACCAGAUGAUUAAUUCAGAGAAAUCGAGUGUUGGAAUUCAGAAAGUUAAUCAAGGAUGUGUUUGGAGCUGGUUUCAUAUUCUUGAUUAUCAUCAUUGGGGUUUUAAAAGGGCUUUUCGUCACAAAAAGAAAAAAAAUGUCAAAAAUAAGAGAAAGACAACUUUGCAAGACCAACAAAAUGCAGUUACAGAAGCAGAAGCAGAAGCAGAAUCUUCCUUGGUCAGUCAACAUAGAGAAACAUCAAACGCAGCAGAAAGUUCUCUUACCAGAAACAUUUCGAUUAAAUUUAAGAACAAUGAUGAUGUUUUGGAGAUAGUUAGUAUGGAGAAGAAUUUAUUACUCAAGUUUCUAAAAGAUAUCGACUUCGGCGGUAAAAAAAGUCGUCAAGCUUCUUACAACAAAGCAAGAUUGACAAAAUCAGGAACAUUUCCUUUAGCUGCACCUUCUAAGAAGAAAAACAUUAGCUCUAGUACCUUCCGAUCCAAGCAAGCCGAAAUCUGGAACUUCCGCAAAGGAGAAAAUUUUCUUAUUGGAACUCAGGCACCAAAAAAGUUUGGAUCCAAUUCAGUGAAUGAUAUUUCUUAUGAAACGCAGAAGCCUUCCGCAAGUCGUAUAAUCGAUAGCGCCGUGGAAAAAAGUCCAAGCGUUUCUUCGAGGCCUUCUGAAGGAUUAAGCCACAAAGGAUGGAAUCAAGUGGUUCUUCAUCAGUUCAAAGUUAUAAAACAGAAGAUCAAACAAGCAGUUGUUGAACUCAAAAGAAGCGGUCACCAAACAUCAGUUCACGCAAUCCACAACAAUGAGAAAGAGAUCUCAGAAAGCGUGGACGAUGGCGCGAUUCAAGAAAACAAAAUAAGCAGAAGCUUGAAUGAAACUAAGGCUUCUGAUUCUGAUUUUGAUUUUGAUUCCAACACACGUGAAGUUCGCCUGAUGAAAAGAACGUCCUCUCUUAACGAAUCAAUGGAUAGAUAUACUCAGUUGUUUGAGAAAAGCUUAAGCAAAGAAAUCAAGUGGAAAAGCUCAAAGUCGAAAAGCUUAAAAUUGACAAAUGAUAUGGAUAGCAAGGUUCACAAGAGUAGGCAUGCUCCUAGGUUUAUGAGAAGCAAUUGUUCUAUGCCGAAUCUUGAGUCUUUAGAAUUCAUUCUACAAGAAGCUCUUCUUGAUACAACUGAUAUAGGAAAUAAUGCAGUGGAAAGUGAUAACGACGCAGGAACUGACGAAACAGUUGAAGGGAGUAGCAGAGUUCUGAAUCCUAGUCAUUUAUCUGAUAAGAUAGCGGAGAAAAUUGAAGGAGUUACUUAUAACCGAAGCGAUGAAAGUUUUCCUCAAGAAAAUAUGGAAAUAAGCAUGAUGAAUACUUAUCUUAGCAAGGAAGUAACAACAUCACUUGAAACUAGCUUUCAAGACAAUACAAUCAACCAAUCGGAAGGAAAAGAAUCAAAUACACGACGAGACUCAAACGCUAGCGAAACAGCCGAAGACACUAACAAGAGUCUUGAAAAUCAUUUCCUGUACUUGAAAUCAUAUUCAGAAAACAAUUCCAAUUUCAAAUACGUGAAAGAUAUUCUUGAAUACUCCGGUUUCAUAGGAAAUGAGCAGAUUCAAAUGCGAUACACGGUGGACCAACCAAUAAAACCGUCCUUAUUCAUAGCACUAGAAGAAUCUUUGCUUCAUGAAAAUGAGUAUUCUGCAGAAGAGAAUAACAACAUGUUAGAUCACCAGCUUCUUUUUAACUUGAUCAACGAGACACUCUUUCAAAUAUAUGAAAAGUCGCCAACAUACUUUCCGAGACCUUUCGCUUUCAACCAUUGGCUCAAACCAAUGCCAAAAGGAAAUUACAUUGUUAAAGAAGUAUGGGACAAUGUUAGUUCAUAUUUGAGUUUGAGACCAGAGUUAGACCAGACAUUAGAGGAUGUCGUUGGUCGUGAUUUAAUGAAAAGAAGUGGUGGAUGGAUGAAUCUUCAACAGGAAGAGGAGUGUGUAGCACUGGAUUUGGAGGAAAUGAUCAUAGAUGAUUUAUUAGAAGAAAUUAUCUUCUCUUAG